AUGCUUGAAGCCAGACUCGACCAGGCCGACAUCCUCAAGAAGGUGGUGGACGCCAUCAAGGAUCUUGUCCAGGACUGCAAUUUCGACUGCAAUGACUCGGGCAUUAUGCUGCAGGCCAUGGACAACUCGCACGUUGCGCUCGUUUCCAUGGCCCUCAAGACCGAGGCUUUCUCCCCCUACCGUUGCGACCGCAACAUCGCUCUCGGCGUCAACCUGACGUCGCUGACCAAGGUUCUGCGUGCCGCACAGGGCGAGGAUGUUCUGACGCUCAAGGCCGAGGAUGCUCCCGACAGCCUCAACAUUGUCUUUGAGAGCUCAGAGCACGACCGCAUCAGCGAGUACGACCUCAAGUUGAUGGACAUUGACCAGGAGCACCUCGGUAUUCCCGAGACGGAGUAUGCCGCGACUAUUACCAUGCCCAGCACUGAGUUUAGACGUAUCUGCAUGGACUUGAUGGCCAUGAGCGAGUCGGUGACAAUCGACGCGAGCAAGGACGGUGUUAAGUUUGGAUGCAACGGCGACAUUGGUAACGGAUCCGUCACUCUGCGAAGCCACACAAACGUCGAUAAGCCCGAGCUCAACGUCGACAUUGAGCUUACCGAGCCUGUCUCCCUGACCUUUUCUCUCAAGUACCUUGUCAACUUCUGCAAGGCCGCGGCUAUCUCUAAGCAGGUCAAGAUCUGCCUGUCCAACGAGGUACCUCUACUCGUUGAGUACACUUUGGUGGGCCAGAGCUACCUGCGCUUCUACCUGGCGCCAAAGGUAAGUGUUGAAAGAUUCCAGACGUCCAAAAUUCGAGUAAGCUAA